UCAAAACACAAAACGGUAUGCCAGGAGCUUUUAUUUUGAAAGUAAUGUCAUCUUUGGGCGGAAGCAGUUUUCAUGCAGACUCACUUUACUUCAGCUAAAAGAGUCCAAGGAACUUUCUGUCGGGCGGUACCCUCGGGUCCGGUUCCGAACUGUUCGUUUGUAUGUUGAUGGUUCGGUUCGGUUCGGAGCACGCAACUGUUACACAUCAAGAGCGCAGAACCGGAACCAGGUACCGAGCUAAGGUCCCAGUGCUCCCAGUGCUCCGCCAUGAGCAUCCAGCCCCGCCGGAUCCGCCUGAAGCCCUGGCUGCUGGCCCAGGUGAACAGCGGCAGGUAUCCGGGUCUGCAGUGGCUCGGUUCGGAGCAGCGGCUCUUUCAGAUCCCAUGGAAACACGCGACCCGCCACAUGCCGAUGUCGGAGGAGGAGAACACCAUUUUUAAGGCGUGGGCCGUGGAGACCGGGAAGUACCAGGAGGGUGUGGACGAACCGGACCCGGCCAAGUGGAAGGCGAACCUGCGCUGCGCGCUCAACAAGAGCCGUGAGUUCCGGCUCAGGUUCGAUGGAACCAAGGAGACGCCGCUCCGCCCCUACAAGAUUUACGAGGUCUGCGACGGAACCGGCGCCGCAGAUGGAGCCGAGGACGAAGAUGAGGAGAUGCCGGACCUCACCGAUCUCUCCAUCAACCCUCGGAUCGAGCCCGCCUCUUUUCUGCCCUUCGGGUCCGCCCAGGUGAUCUCGAUGCCGCUGCUGCCCCUGACCUCUGACCUCCAACCUCGGGGUUCAAUGGUGGACCCGGGGAGCUACGACCCGGCUGGACUCCAGAACCUCAAACCGCUGUCCUCCACUCAGCCAGAAUCCAUGGAGGCCAGCAGCAUGGAGUCCGUCCAGGACCAGUCAGCCCAUCAGAACCAGCAGCCCUGCAAGUAUGACCUGCUGAGCAGCGUCCCACUAACAGAUCUGGACCUGAAGUUCUGGUACCGGGGCCGGGCCAUGGGUUCCCUGACGGUCAGCAACCCCCAGGGCUGCCGGCUUUACUACGGCCACCUGGAACCAACACCGGAGCAGGUGGACCUGUUCGGUCCAGUCAGUCUGCAGCAGGUUCUGUUCCCAGGAACGUUGGAGAUCCAGAACCAGAAGCAGCGGUUCUACACGGACGCUCUGCUGGAUGUGAUGGACCGCGGUCUGAUCCUGGAGAUCCAGCAGCAGGACAUCUAUGCCAUCCGCCUCUGUCAGUGCAAGGUAUUCUGGUCUGGCCCGGGAAUGACAGAACUGGGUCCACCCAACCCCAUGGAGCGGGAAAGAAGGAUCCGGGUGUUCAGCCUGAACGACUUCCUGCAAGGGCUCAUCUCGUUCCAGAAAGGUGAAACCGCCAACCCGCCGCCAUUCGAUGUCUUCUUCUGCUUCGGAGAGGACUGGCCGGACAGGAAGCCCAAAGAGAAGAAACUCAUCAUGGUCCAGGUGGUUCCGGUGGUGGCCCGAAUCCUGACGGAGAUGUUCUCCGGAGAGCUGGCCUGGUCCACCGACAGCAUCCGGCUGCAGAUCUCCAACCCGGACGUCAAGGACGAGACGGUGGAGCAGUUCAAGGAGCUGCAGCGGCUGCUCCAGAACCAACUGGGUCCAACCGGGCCCUGGGCCCCCGCCGGCUCCCUAGAGGCCUCUACCGGGUUCUCCAUGGGGACCAGCUGAGACCAGAACCUUGGGGUUCAACCUCUAUGACAUCACGAAGGGUUGGGUCAUUAGUGGACCAGAACUGUUUUCUGCUUUGCUGUCUAAAGGUCCAGGCAUUUGGUUCUGAAUACCACCAAACUCUCAGUCUGGGUUCUGCUUGCCUACCCGGUCCCACGUGCUGAUCCAGAAGGUUCUGGUUCCUUCCUGAAGGUUUUUAUUUGGACUUUGGCUGCUUCAGGCUCUGGUUCUGACCGAAUUCAGACCCAACUUCUGAACCGGGCCUGUCCACACAGAACCCGCUCAUCACAGUUCCAGGUAGUUUGGUACCGGGUAGUUCUGGUUCUGGUGUGUGGGGAACUCUUCUAGAACCAAAUCAGUCGGACCCGAUUAAAUGAUUUCCGUCUGGUACCAGCAUGUGUCUGGGUCAGAAUCACUGCAGUUUUCUGCUGCUGGUCCAUCAGAACCAAAUCUGCAUUUUAUCAGAUUGUUUCAGUUUGCUCUCUGGUGCCACCCGGAGGACGGACCGGGCUCUGCAGCAGGAACCAGUCUAACCAGAACUCCCAGUGUCAGGUGAGAAUGACCUCACCCUUCAUCAGGCGGGGUCACCUGAGCUCAGGUGUUACUGGUUAGACUGGUCCCAGUGUGUCUCCCUUUCUAAAACCACAGAAGAAGAAGCAGAAUGUUUUCAGCUGUUUUAUUGUUUACAGCAAGGCUACAUCACCACUGAUGUCAUGGUGUCAGUCCGCCUCAUUACCCACAGUCCUCUCUGUUUCCAUUCAUGGAAAAACAACUAAAAUAAACCAAAGAUAAAAGGUCAAAGGUGACGCCAAAUCCUCCAGCGUUCCGCCACGCGGCCCACGGCAUCAUGGGAAAUUUUUUGGCUCUGUUUUUUGGCACGGACAGAAACAUCUUGACCAAAGUCCCAAAAAUAAAUCUCUUAAAAACAUUUGAGCAGGCACGUCCUGAUUAAUCGCCUCCGAGGGUCCAGCAGGAACCGGUCCUGACCCCGCCCACCCAGAACCACCUGCUGCAGGUGAGCUGGGGGGGGUGGGCUCCGUCCGUCUCUCCUCCGUCGGGUCACAGAGUCCCGUUUCACAUUCAAAGUCCCUCCGUCUUCCUCGUCUGCAGUCGCAGCUUUUUGCCGUCACCUCUGAAUGUUGGUCAACUAAAGAUUUAACCUGAGGAAGAGGAGGAAGAGGAAGAGGUUUCAGCUCUUCAUCAGUCAUCUCAGGACACUUUCUAUGAAACCACACUGUAAAAAGUAAAAAGUAUUUUUCCUCGUUUCUACAGCAAAUGUCUUGAGA